CGACUUGGCAGGGACGCCCCUACGUAACGGUCUGACUUCCCCAUAUUUCGCGGCGAUGCUCCCUUUCUUCGGCUCGCAGCGCGUGCGCUGUCUUCUUCCUCUUCUGUCUGUCUCACUUUUUUGCAUUAAUAGUAAUCCACCAUGGCGCUGAUUCGACGGUAUGCGUUGUACACUGUCCUGGCUGCCUUCUUCCUGUAUGCGCUGUACAGCUUGAGCUUCCCAUACGAAAUCGACGAUCCCAAUGCGAAGCCGAGUCCGCCCUCGAACAAUGCCGAGGCACAGCGCCCCGACCAGAAGCAGCCGCAGCACCCGGUCAAGUCCAUCGAUUGGGCGCGCAAACCUAUCCAGCACCCUGUCAAGAGCCUGCUUCAGUUGCCCACAGGGACGCCAGCAAAACUGCCCAAGAUACAGUUCGAGUUUAAAGAAGAGGAUGCCACUGCGAAGAACAUACGCGAGACCAGGAAGGAAGAAGUGAAAAAGCAAUUCCUGAAAUGCUGGACGUCGUACCGCCAGAUGGCGUGGAUGCACGACGAGCUGAGGCCCAUCAGCGGCGACGCCAACGACCACUUUGGAGGGUGGGCUGCGACUCUCAUUGACUCACUAGACACAUUAUGGAUCAUGGGCUUCAAGGAGGAGUUUGAGUCUGCGAUCAAGGACGUCGAAAAAAUCAACUUUGGCUACACUCCGCUAGAGAAGGUCAACGUGUUUGAGACCAACAUCCGACAUCUUGGCGGGCUGCUGGCGGCAUACGAGCUGAGCGGAGAAAAGAGACUUCUCAAGAAGGCGAAAGAAGUCGGCGAGAUGCUCUACCAUGCCUUCGAUACCCCCAACCGCAUGCCCAUCACCAGGUGGGACUUCCAUGCUGCAGGGGAGGGCAAGAUGCAGCUUGCAGAUCCCCAGGUUCUAUUGGCAGAGAUUGGCUCGAUGACGAUGGAGUUCACCCGUCUGUCUCAGCUCACUGGCGACCCCAAAUGGUACGAUGCAGUUACCCGUGUCACCAAAGAGCUCGACAAGCAGCAGGACAGCACCAAGCUGCCGGGAAUGUGGCCGGUUGUUGUCAACGCGAGGAAGCUCGAAUUCACUCAUGACAACAGCUUCACGCUAUCCUCUAUGGCUGACUCUACCUAUGAGUACCUCGGGAAGAUGCAUGCUCUGCUCGGCGGCCUGGACCCGGUGUACAAGAAGAUGUACGAAAAGGCAAUGGCGACCGCGAUUGAGCACGUUAUUUAUCGUCCCAUGACGCCGGAUGACUCCGACCUGCUCGGAUCAGGUUUCGUGCGAGUCGAGGGUACGACGAUCUUCGCUGAGCCUGAACUGCAGCAUCUGGGCUGCUAUACCGGCGGCAUGUUGGCGUUGGGGGGCAAGAUAUUCGCCAACAAGGACCAUGUUGCCAUUGGCCGCAAGCUUACAGACACAUGUGUGUGGGCAUACAAGAGCAAUCCGGCAGGCAUCAUGCCUGAGGUGUCCCAUCUUGUGAAAUGUGCAAACACAACUGAAUGCCACUGGGAUGACAAAGCAUGGCAUGCCGAGAUCACAGCGCGGGCUGAUUUGCAGAGAGAGGCGGAUCCACUGAAGAACAUCGCCGGCCUCAGGUUGCCUCCGGGGUUUGCAUCGAUCGGGGACCGUCGCUACAUCCUACGACCUGAAGCUAUUGAGAGCGUGUUCGUUAUGUACCGAAUCACUGGUGAGCAGUCCUGGCAGGCGGCAGGAUGGGACAUGUGGACUUCAAUCAUGAGAGUCACGGACACCGAUAUUGGAAACGCGGCGUUGUCGGACAUCUCGGCAGAUACACCGCCAAUGAUGGACUCGAUGGAGAGCUUUUGGAUGGCCGAGACUCUCAAGUACUUCUUCCUUCUCUUCAGUGAGCCAAGCGCCAUCAGCUUGGACGACUAUGUCUUCAAUACCGAAGCACACCCGUUCAAACUACCCAAGGCAUAGUGGAAGAUCAGUGAUGCGGUGCUUUUCAGAGUUGUGCGUAUAUACCCACUUGAGCGGAAUAGAAGCUUCGUUACGAUGACCAACUGCUGGAUUUUGUGCACGUUGCAGACGUUGAUGUUGCUGUCAACCACAGUGUGCGCCAGACUAAAGUGGACCCUUCGAAGCAUCAUCGCAUCAUCACGUCAUGACAUCACGGUAAAAGCGACUACGUUGGUGACUAUAAACAGAGCUGCAAAUUCAGAAGGAGAAUGUCGAUACUACACAUUGACCU